UCGCGAGAGAGGUGCAUUGAGAGUCGAGCUUAAAAAAAUUGCAAAUUCUCAUUACCCGUGGAAAGCCAUGACAUCGGAAAAUAUUAUCGUGCACGCAGCAGCGGAGAAAUGAGGCGAGCCGCGUCGUGACGUCUCGUGGGACCACUCGCGCGCACGACUCCGCUCCACCAGCCUCGCUGGAGGUUAACUCCCGCCGGGGACACACCUGCGUGAUCCAAAUGGUUACGGGCCCGCGUCGUUAUAACCUGCGCCGCGUAUGCGAUCCCUACAUCAGCUGAUGAGCUCGAUGUAACUGCGCGUAACACACGGACAGUGCCGGAUCUCUUCGAGCACGUCUCGCAAAUCCCGAUCAGGAUUCAUCGGACAUAGGAAAACGUGGCCGCGAUGGCAGACCUCGCCUUGGGGGAGCUCAGCGGCGAUCAGACCGAGAAAGUGCUACAAUUUCAGGACCUCACCGGCAUCGAGGAUCUCUCGGUAUGCAGGGACGUUUUGCAGAGGCACAAUUGGAACUUGGAGGUGGCGGUUCAGGAGCAAUUAAAUUUGUACGAAGGCAGACCAUCCAUGUACGCACAAGACUCGCGUGCCCGCCCACCGCAGGUCGUAGAUGACAGUAGUUCGAGAAUUUAUUUUAGUUACCCUGGAAGCUCCGGCGGUAGCGGCGGUCUCUUAUCCUAUAUCUUUUCCAUGUGUUAUAAUCUAGUGAGCAGUAUCCUGCAGCUACUUUUUGCAAUAUUUAAGAGAAACGUUAGACCUGUGUCCUCCGAUCCAGUGGAAGAUGUAGUCAACUUUAUUAGGUCUUACGAGGAGCGUUACGGCAACACUCACCCAGUAUUUUACCAGGGCUCCUAUAGUCAAGCUCUUUCAGACGCGAAGCAAGAAUUGAGAUUUCUCUUGGUGUAUUUGCACAAAGAUGAGGCGCAGGAGGUUGACCAAUGGUGCCGAAAUACAUUGUGCGAUCCAGAAGUGAUACGUUAUGUAAACACGCAUACCUUGUUCUGGGCGUGUAACGUGAAAUCCGGAGAGGGUUACAAAGUCGCGGAAGCGCUCAAGUCGGGUUCAUAUCCCUUCCUAGCACUUAUCGUGCUUAAGGACAAUAGAAUGACAAUAGUCGGUCGGUACGUAAAGGCUAAUAUCCAAAGUAAACGCGUGGUCCCAUAUCGAAGCAAUCGGCUCGGUCAGCGAAACAAUAAUACACGACGAAAAGUAGAAUUGUGUAUGUACAUUUUUUUUCCUCAGGACGUUUACCAUUGGAUAUUCAGCCAGCCGGAUUCUCCAGCGAGUUUCGAGAUAACAACGAGCUAUCCUAGAAGAGUUCUCUAUCCUUGUAGAGACAUUUUGACUCUAUCGGAUGCCGGUUUAACCCAUCGGGAGGUCCUUCACGUUAACGAUCUAGACGACUAAUUACGAAUAAUAUUUCGAUAUAUGACAUUCUUCAAGUUCUAGUAUCAUUCCACGGGAAAAAUGAUACUGUCGUGAAAGACGCUUGUCAAGAGAUACAAGCUCAUGCAGCAUACACACACAUACACAUACACACGCAUGGCACACGCGCACACACACAUAAAUAUAUAUAUAUAUACAUAUACAUAUAUAUUUGAUACAUUCUAGUACUUUAUGUGAGGUAUACUUUAUCGGAUGAAAAAUAUGAUUACGCGAAAUAUACCAAAAGAUAGGAAUCAAAAGAAGGGGGAAAAAGUGUGUCUACACAUGCAGCUUAUUUAAAUUAACAAUCGGUAAAUUCGACCACCGCAUUUAUUUAAAAAAAAUGCAUUUCGUAUUUAGUAAAGGAAGAAAUCGAUAGAUAGGAAUAUAUUAAAAUUUUGUGUGUGUAAAAAAAAACUCGAUCUCGUAUAAAAAAAAAAUUGUACAACAAAACAAUUUUGUUUUUAUAUAUCUCUGACACUAAACGGUGUCAACAUUAAGAAGCGCUGAUAUGUAUAUUACGGACGGGAAUUUCGCGACGCUUGGAUAAAUAUUCCACGCGCCUGGGAAUUUUCUUGUAAAUUUGUCCAUUUAUUUCUCUGCGAGACACUGAAUUUGUCUAAUAUAAUUAAAUAUAUAUAAGAGGGGGGAGGGGGAGAGCAAAGCAUUUUUUAAUACAUGUUUAUUGUGCAAUCAGUUCCUUGUAAUUAACAGCAGGCGCUUUCGUUUGGAUACUCCCGCGGUUCCAGAAUAAUAAACCGAUAUCAAGAGAAUGGUUAAUAAAAUUCUAUGAAUUCCAUGUACAAA